AUGAUGAGCAUUGGUGAAUCUGCACUGAGGUUUUUUAUGUGUACUGUGUUCACAGGUCAUUGUGUGUUCUAUCAAUGUGAAAUCCAGGAGCUCCUGAUUUCAGCCACAGAUAAAAACAGGUAUCCUCAUUGCUGCUGUGAUGUUGAGGGAAAAAUCAAGGACAUAAGACUGAGAGAUACAAUGUGGCUGACUUCAAACAGCAGCUCUACUGAGUACUUCAUUACCUGUUCUGUUGUGGUUCAACUAAGGAUUGGAAUAAUAGCUGAAACACAUAGCCUAGAAGUAACACAACCUAAAGUCAGAAAAAGCAAGAGAGUUCCAGAAAAACAUCUAUUUCUGCUUUAUUGA